AUGGACAAAAAUACCUAGAAUAAGCAAUUUCUUUAAUUUAAAAAGGUGAAGUAUGCCUUUUUUUUGAAAAUUCGAGAAAAUUAGAAGACCUUUUCAUUUUGCAUUCUGAAAUAUUGCUUUUAAAAAGAGAAUAUAGACCGAGAGUAGGAAAUUAUAAGGUAAUAUUAUUAUAUAUAUUAAAAUUAAUAAUUUUAAAAAUAGCAUUUGAAUAUAAAAGACAUAAAAUAAAAUACAUAAGAAAUAGAAUAAAUAUUAGAAAAUCAAAUAAAAAAUAAUUAAUUAGAAUGUAUAAAAUUAGAAUAAGAAGCUUAAAAAAAUAUAAAAUAUGCAAUUCAAAUUACUAAAUGUAAAUAAAAUUUAAAAGAAAACUUUCCUGAAGAUGCUAAAAAUUAACUUUAAAAUAUACAAAAUUUGCCUCUUGAUAUUUAUUUCGAUAUAAUAGAAUCAGAUUAUAUUUAUAAAAAAAAUUAUAAUCCUAUAUUAUUUGAUGAAAGUAAAAGAAAGUUUGGUGUUAAUAGUAUUGAUUUACUACUUUAUAUAAAUAAACUAAAUAACGAAGCUUAAUUCUUUACUUUCUCUAGUAUGUAUCUUUAAAAUAAAAUCACUAAAGUAAUAUAAUGUAUAUUAUAUUUAAUAUCAUUUUAUAUUUAAAGACACAUAAAUAUCUUAAAAGUUAAUUUCCGAAUUAUAAUAUUAAUUAUACAGUCUAAUCAAAUAUUGAUGCUUCUCCUAUUGAAAUAGGUAUUUUUUUUUGUUAUUUUUUUUGUUAUUUAUUUUUCUCUUUUAGGAAACAUUAUUAUUAAAAAUCACUAUUGUUAAUUUAAUAAUUCUAAUAAGUUUAUAUAUAUAUUAGGUUCUUUAGAUAAAACUAAAUUAACAGCAACUGAAAUAAAUUAAGAAGAAAUUAAUAAAAUAAUAUUAAAUGAGGAAAAAGAUUCUAUAUAUGGAAAUGUAAAGAAAUUAAAUUAAUAUAUACAAUUAUAUUUAAAAUUUAUAUAUUAGAUUUUUAUUAAUUCUGAAGAUCUUAAUGAUUUAUUAUAAUAAUGCCUAGAUUUAAAAUCAAAUAUGUAAGAAUCUGAUAAAAAAACUCCUUUAGUAAAAGAAAGAGACUAUAAAUAUCAUAAAAUGAAUUUUAGAAACAUAAUAGCAUAAUUCGGAGCUUUUUUUUUCUAAAAAGAAUGCGAAAAAGAUUAAAAAAAUAACUUUAAAAAGGGUGAAAAAGAAAUCGAUUAUCUUGAUAAAUAUGUGGUUUUUGUACCUUAUCUAAAUAUAGAAAAUAUCCAAAUAUUUAUAGACAUUUUUAGUAAUUUAGGAUUAUAAAUUAAAAACAUGAAUAUUCUAGCUAUAUUACGUUAUUUCCAUCAUAAUAAAUAUAAAUGA